AUGGCGGACGCGACCAAAGCAAGCCCCUCCCCUGGGACCAGGGAGAAGCUCGAGCCUCAGAUUAAGUCUGCAGACAUGACCGAGGACAUGCAGCAGGAGGUGGUUGAAGUGGCCCAGGAAGCCAUGUCCAAAUUCACCAUUGAGAAGGAUAUUGCACAGCAUAUCAAGCGAACUUUUGACGAGAGAAAAGGGCCUACCUGGCAUUGCAUUGUGGGCCGCAACUUUGGCAGCUUCGUGACUCACGAGACCAAGCACUUCAUCUACUUCUACCUCGGCCACUGCGCGAUCCUCCUCUUCAAGACCCAAUAA